AUGGCGCAGGUUCUGAGCCUCCGCCCCCGCCCGCCAAUCCCUAACGCAACUCAAAUCUCAAGCCACCAACCCGUUUCGGCUCUGUCUAAACUCGCCUCCCCGACUCAGCCAACUCGCAGCUGGACUUCUCUCCAACACAGCCUCAAGUGCAGCGGACGGUUUUCUUGUCUAUUCUCUGACAAUGGCAAAAAGGAACAGGCUAGAAAAGCUUUAGAAAGUGCCCUAGGUGGAAAGAAAGUGGAGUUUGAGAAGUGGGACAAGGAAAUAAAAAAUAGAGAAGAAGCAGGUGGAGGAAAUAAUUCAGGAGGAGGUGGUUGGUUUGGAUGGGGAGGACGAUUUGGUGGAUCCAAUGGUGAUCAUUUCUGGCAGGAAGCACAGCAAGCAAGUCUUACGAUUUUGGGUAUCCUGGUCAUGUGUCUGAUAGUUGCAAAAGGGGAUGUAUUACUUGCUGUCAUUUUCAAUCCUUUGUUGUUUGCUUUGCGGGGAACGCGGACUGGGUUCACCUUUCUGACGUCGAAGGUAACAAAUAGGGUAUAUGGUCGUAGUCAUACCGAUGUUGCCACUAUUCCUCAACAGGAAGUGACUGCACGUGUUUCAGCCAAAGAGCGAGUUGUGGGGAAAUGGGGAAGCGAUUGA